UUAGGUUUUGUUGUAGAGUUGAUAAAACAUUAGUAGCCAUGUCGACUGCUCAGGUGAUAACCCGCAAAGGUGUCUACAACUACUUCCUCAACAUGGUUGCCUACCAGAUAUGCUGCUGCUGUGGUCCUGCUCCAUGCUCGCUAUGCUGCUCCUUCUGUCCACCCAUCAAGUCCUCCACAAGCACCCGUUUAAUGUACACUCUUUUCCACAUCCUGGCCUGCACCGUGUCAUGCCUCAUGCUGUCUCGUACUGUCUCUGAGGCUGUGAGAGAGAAUGUGCCUUUCUUUAAUGUGGUUUGUGAUGAGGCCCAUGGCGGAGGAAACUGUGAGAUGUUGGUCGGAUACUCUGCUGUCUACAGGGUCUCCUUCGGCACAGCCUGCUUCUACCUGAUGAUGGCCCUUCUUCUCGUGGAUGUGAAGUCCAGCCAGGAUGUCAGAGCUCUCAUCCACAAUGGAUUCUGGUUCUUGAAGUUCAUUUUGCUGCUCGGGAUGGUCGCAGCUGCCUUCUUCAUCCCCACUGAUUCUUUCCUACACGCCUGGCACUAUGUCGGAGUGGUGGGAGGUUUUUCCUUCAUCCUCAUUCAGCUCAUCCUCAUCACUGCUUUCGCUCACACUUGGAAUAAGAACUGGUUAACUGGCGCAGCUGAAGAUAAGAAGUGGUAUGUGGCAGUCAUGUGUGCCACCUUCUUUUUCUACACUGUCGCCACUGCUGCCUUUACCUUCAUGUACAAGUACUACACACAUCCGGCUGCGUGCCGACUCAACAAAGCUCUGCUGUUUACCAACCUGGGUCUGUGCACAGUCAUGUCCUUCAUCGCGGUCACCCCCUGCGUCCAGCAAAAACAGCCACGCUCAGGACUGUUGCAGGCCUCCAUCAUCAGCUGCUACGUCAUGUACCUGACCUUCUCCGCCCUGUCCAGCCGUCCACCUGAGAAAGUGGAGUACCAGGGUGUCAACGUGACCGCUUGCUACCCUAACAUUGGCAGAAACGAGAUUCAGAAUGAAGGAAAUGCUGUUGCGAUCAUCGGAGCUGCCAUCAUGUACUGCUGUGUGCUGUUUGCAUGUAAUGAGGCUUCUUACUUGGCUGAAGUGUUUGGACCGUUCUGGAUGAUUAAAGUUUAUCGAUAUGAGUUCCAGAAAGCCACGUGUUGUUUCUGCUGCCCCGAACAAGAGGAGGCAAAGGAAGAGUUUGUAAUUGAUGAUGAGAGCAAAGGAUGCCAGAAGGUGAUCCAUAACGAGAGUCACCGUGUGGCCUACAGCUACUUCUUCUUCCAUUUUGUCUUCUUCCUAGCUUCCCUGUACGUCAUGAUGACCCUCACCAAUUGGUUCAGCUAUGAGACAGCAGUGUUGGAGACCACUUUCACCCAUGGCAGCUACUCCACCUUCUAUGUGAAGCUCUCCUCAUGCUGGGCCUGCGUUCUGCUCUACCUGUGGCUCCUCUUGGGUCCACUGUGCCGCUGCCGUACCGAUCCCAAACAGCCACAGCGCUCACGGAUCAAAAGACGAAUGGUUUCCCAGUGCCACGUGAGCGUCAGUGUGUGACCUUUUCUCAGAUCCCACGGUGUCACAGGGUGCAGCUGAGAAAGGGCCCUUAUCUUAUCAAGAAAUGGGCGAGUCCAGGAAUUUGAGCACCGAGGAAGAGAUUUUACUACAAGCAUUCUUGAUGCUUCAAAACUACAGCUGGACUCCAAAAAGCAUAAAGAUGAGGCCGGAACAAUCUAUAUGUUUACUAUUACGACGACCGAGCUGUCGCCGAUAUUGCCAAAAGGAUUACAAAGGUGAACAAGAUACCUGUCCCUUUUUCAGAUAGAAAUAAUGUCAGCUUUAGACACCUCCUCUAGCGGACCGCUGUUUGAGAGAUUAGAUCAGACGAUAGCUGGAUUAGAUCUGUUUAAAAUAACUAUGUAUAGUUUUAUUUUAAAAAUGUCAAUAACUAUUUAUGUGAAUUAUGAGCUGUCCUGUUACUUGUUAUUACUGUUGCUCAGUGAUCUGUUGCUGGGACAGCCAUAAGGCAGCCAUAUGCUGCAGGGGAUUGGUCCAUCCGGUUCCUGGCUAUAGUGUGAAUGAAAGCUUUGGACUAUAAUAAUUUAAUUAGACCAACCUAACCCUAAUUACAAGCUUUAAUUUGGAGUAUUUUAUGCCACUGUCAUGGAAAAACAAGCUAUUUUUGUAAAUAUAUUUCUAACAAACCACACAUAAUAAGCUGUUUCUGUGCAGUUAUUCAUGGAAAAAAGUGAAGGGGAAGUGGCUUUAUAGAAAAAAAAUAGUCCUUGUAAAGUGCUUAAGCUGUAAUUUGCAUGUGUAGCACUUCUGAAUAAUUUUCCAAAUAUGUUUGCUCUCCCUCUAAAUUUUUUUUUUUUUUUUUGCAUGAAAACACAUGCCAUGUGCCACAGAUACUCAGAUUCUAUUUUACUAAGAGUUUCAGUCCAGCUCCAUUAAAUGUCCUUAAAAAGGAGGCAAUAUGUUUUGCUGUAGUUGUUUUAUGCAACGCCUCUAUAUUUGAUCCAGAUGACCAUGUUAGUCAUGAAAUAAUCCUGCUAGGUACAUCCAUGAUACAGAUUUGUGCCAAAUUCAGGUCAGGCUGUUGAUGGCACUCAAUAUUCUUGUCAGCAGCUAUAUGUAAGAA